CCGUGUUUAUCAGCCGUUGGUCACUCAGGAGCCACCAGCGACGCUAGCCUGGAAUCCUUAAUUUUGCCAAGGUCACACUGGAUCACUGAAAGACAGUCAAAGCCCAAUAAGCGGUUGGAGGGGUCAUGCUCACUGGUCAGCCGCGGUUUCAAAGCGGCUGGCAAGUGUUGAGAGUAGGACUGAUAUUAGGUAAUGGCCAGCAUGUCCACACACACACACACCCUUUUCUUUUUCUUCUCUCUUUUUCUUUUGCAAGCCAUCAUUGGAUCUCACUGGUCAGCUCUCUGCCAUGGUCAAUGAUCAUCACUGCCACAGAAAGCUAUGGCGCUCAGGGGACUAAACCCUCAUCAGGGUUAGCUUCGUCCUCUCUACAUCCUAUCUUUAGCACCCGGUGACAACACAGUCUCCCUUGUCCCGUGAAUCGCGAGUCAGACAAUGUGGCACCCUCCAAAGACGCGACAAAGUCACCCAGAAUUUCCCCUGCUCGCGAAUCGGCGUCCCUGAAGCCCUGGGCUGGCAAAUUUUGCCUCUUAUUUGACUAUAUUUUGAGUAGCACAUGAACGGCGGGAAUCCUGGUUCUCUUACAUCAGAAAAGUCGCCACGCUGGAAGGUCGUCGGGUAGUUCCGCUUUGUAUGAACCUUAGAAUGUGAUUCUUCCUUUACGGGUUACAACCGCCAUUACAAACUCUGGUCACACUCCAUCCGCUGGGCUGUCGUAACCUAAUCAAAUUAAUACGAUCAGAUUGCAACGUAGUAGUAGCGUGGCUUAAAUGAGGAGUAAACAAGUAGUAA